GUUUACAGUUACUACAGAUACAAGGCGCAAUUUAUUUUAGAAAUUUCCGAGUUUUAAAGAUGGAAAAUGAAACCAAACCAAGAAUUUUAAAAAGUUUUGAAGUUGUAGAAUUAGAUACAAGUGUUGAAUCAUCCAGUAAUAGUCACCUAAUUUGGAAAAGUUAUUCUAUUUUUAUGGGACAAUUUGGCGGAACACAAAAUAUAAAGACCACCAUUAUUAUAAAACACCCACAUUUCCUCAUGGACUCAAGUUGUGAUAAUAUGUUAGAUUUUGAAGACUGUGCUAAUGGUUUGACACCCUUGUGGUAUUAAAUAUUCAAAAAUAUGGAAGUUUAAAUGUGCUGAAAUAUUUCGUUGAAUUUUCAAACGGAUUAAAAUCGGAGCCAAUCAUUAUGUGGUUCAAAAAUUUAUCAAAUUCUAUUAAUAAUACUUUAAAUAGACCUUCGAAACUGUUACGAUUAGACAGUACAGGGGAGACAACUAAAGAGAACUGCGAUUAUAUGCCAACGAUUCAAGUGAUAUCUUCACACAUCCCCAAAAACGUGACAGCGAAAAAAUCGUGUUUUGAUUUUUCACCUCAACAACCUCCGUGGUCAUUAGGUUUAGUGAAUAAUAUGGGUUCAUGUGGAUUUAUGAAUAAUUUUUCUGGUAAAUAUCGCGGUAAAGAAAGGGAAAUAAUAAGAAAAGAAGCAGAAAACGUGAAAAUGCCGAUCGAAAAAAUGAGAAAGGCUGAGGUAGAGACUCGUUCUUGCAGUUCUUGGCCAAACCAUGAAAGAACAUCAAAGAUGCAUCAAAAUGGAUUUUGGACAAAUCCAAGAAACUUUAAUUCUUUAAAAGUUCCAGCAGACUCACCCUGGUUAAAAGUCAAUUCGGGGUAUUUUCAACCCCACAAAGGCAGCUAUAAUAAUUAUCAUUCCCAUUUUUGGGGAUCAAGGAAUAAUUUUUGUGAUAAAAAUAAUAGUUCUAAUCAUAGAGUUAAAACAAAGCAUAAAAGACUUCCAGAUGAAAACCCAAAAACUGUGCGAAAUACCUCGAAUCAUUCCAGUGUGGAACCUAAACCUCUAGUGUGUGAUGUUGGUAGUAAGGGUUUUAGUGAAGUGAAACCAGUGAUUAAAGACAUUAGUUCAAGUAUUUCCCCAAAACCUACAAUAGUUGUGUGGCAGACCUUUUUCAAGAUGUCGAAUCAACUUCGAAAGAAACUGGAAAAUUUUCAAAUUCAGUGUGAACCAAACAGUCAGCAAAUUAGAAUUACCGAAAUGGCCACCCCAGCCUCGGUAACAAUCCCAAGUGCAAUUAACUGUCAAACGUCCAGUCAAAGUUCCAAACCUCAAAUUCAUUUAAGCAUAAUCGGUGGUAAAUGUCAAUCAAAGCAACAGACUCCUCCCAAUUCUGUUUGUAGCCAAUCAAAGAUUAAUCAGGAUUGUCAAUCAAAUCGGACUACACCUACAGAUUCAAACCAAUCCAAACAGAACUGUGAUUCCAAGAGUGCUCAAGAAAAGAAUUGUUCUCUUUGUAUGGCUUAUAUGAGUCGAGUGGACCCGAAAUGUACAGAAUUUCCCAAAAGUGCUGGUUGUAACCAUUCCAUCAUUUUACUCCGAGUUCGUGACACUCCAAAGAAAACCAAGAAACGUAAAAACCAGAAAGAAAAAACAGACGUCAAUAAAACAUCUCCUUCAUCAUUCAUCGUUGGUGUGAAUUCAUCAGACAGUCCUGAAAAUUCUCACAUUUUUCAGUUCAUUUCACAUGACAGUGAAUCUGAUGAUUCAUGGGAUAGCUUUGAUGAUGAUGAAGAUGAAACGGAUUCCGCUGCUUGUGAUUGGUCGAAAUUAGAAAUGGAUAAACUGUUUCCUGGUAGCAAUGGUUUAUUUAAUCCAAUCAAAUUUAAUGUCCAUAUUUCUCAGUCUGAUUCCGAGACCAGCGACUCAUCCAGUCCGACCAAUAAUUAUCUAGAUUCCAUCAACCUUUCCUGGAAUAUUCAUAUAGUUGAGGACCAAUCAAAAGAUUCGACUUGUCGGAAAUCAAAAACGCAGAAAAAGGUUCGAUUUGAAGAAGGAGAGAAAUUAACUACAGUUUAUCAGAUGGUGGCGUGGUCGUUUGCCUACAGAGCAAGUCGUAAAGGUCCUUGGGAACAAUAUGCUCGAGACCGAGAAAGAUUUCAACGAAAGAUUCGCGAUUUGGAAGAAGUUUUGUCACAGAUUUUAAUAGACAGUCAUAGAUCUAAGAUUUUUAACUCUCUAUGUGCGAAGACUGAUUAAUUAUAAAUCGUUAUAGAGUUGUCCCCCUUUUUUCUCCCCGCAAUUUACAAUUUUUAUCCUAUUCAUUGUAUCUAGAACAGGAGGCUGUGAUAUAUACUGACCAUAACUGAAGAAUUGUAAAAGAGUAAGCUUACCAAUAUCAUGGUAUGGGUUUAAAAUGACCACAUUGUACACUGUUAGGCGUUGCUAGUCUUAGGAAUAGAAGAUUCAGAAUGUAAGCAAGAAGUGGGAAAAAAUACUGAUUUUGUUCUUACUUGCACAGAAUUCUGAAGCAGCUUACAAAACAGCUACAAAAUUUGAUGCACAAACUAAUUUUUUGGGAAGCACUAAAAACAGAAAUGCUUAAAAAAAAGGAAAGAUAUCCACAUCAUUGUGGUGUUACCAGAAACUUAUAAUGGUUAAUUGGUAUUUUUCAUACAUUUUAACUAUAGAUUAACAUUUUUAAUCAAUGGAGAUUUUACAAAAUAUGACACCUGCCAACAUGUAAAAUUUCAGACUAACAACAUGUUUCAGGUUCUGUUUUUAUAUUUUAAUUCAGAUUGUACCUAAUUCAAGCCAAGAUUUGCUACUAAUAUUGCAAAAUAAUGGAAUUUUUUUUUGUGCCUUAUUUUUUUUUGUUAUUUGAAUUAAAUUAGGAUACUAUAGUGAUUAAUAGCUUCAGAUUAUAGUUUUUAAUUGGGAUCUUAUUUAGGAUUUUAAAGGUUGUUUUGUUUCUGAAUGACAAUAUUAAUAUGGUGUAAAUGUUGACUGUAAAUAUAAUGAUUAAAUUAUUCAUGUUACUGAUGUGCAUUGAGUUUUAUUUUGUACUUGAAGCAUUUCAACUGAUAUUGAGUAAGGGAGUUGAGUUAAUGAUGGGUUUCCUUAUUUUUUAGUGUCAAAUCAAGCAAACUAUUUGAUUAAUUGGUAUUUCUAAUGAAUUAUCAUGUAUUCUUAAUCAUAUCAUGUAGAUCUUAUUGCAUAUAAUUUAAGUUUUAACUUAUCAUAAAUGUCCAUCUAUGUACAGUCUGGAUAAACAAAUGAAAUUCUGCU